CCAGCCUGCCUUCCCCUCCCCCUCCUAUCUAAUUACGCAACACCUCUCUCUCUCUCUCUCUCUCUCUCUCUCUCUCCAUCUGCAAGGAGAAGUUAGGCAACAGAAAUCUUGCGGAAACUUCAAAAGAAGCAGUCAUUGACACAAUUCCCAUCAACAGUUUCCAGACAGCGAUGACAACCUACCACCACAACCCUACCGACCUCGACUCCACCACCUCAUCACCACGAUCCGACCACCACCGUCUAACCAACGACCUCGAAACCCAGCAUCCACGAGUCCGCUUCAUGUGCAGCUUCGGCGGGAAAAUCCUCCCCAGGCCACACGACAACCAGCUCCGCUACGUGGGCGGCGACACCCGCGUCGUUGCCGUCCACCGCAACACCACCACCUUCUCCUCCCUCCUCAACAAACUCUCCAGAAUCGCCAACACAACCAAUCUAACCGUCAAGUACCAGCUCCCCAACGAGGAUCUCGACGCCCUGAUCACCGUCACGACCGACGAAGACGUCGAGAACAUGAUAGACGAGUACGACCGGUUCCACCUGAACACUUCCCAGUCCCAGUCCAAGUCCUCUCCUCGGCUCCGACUUUUUCUCUUCGAAAACGACAGCGUUUCGAGGACUAGCAGUAUUAGUUCCCUCCUUGACGGGUCCACCAAUAGAGAACACUGGUUUCUUGACGCUCUAAAUGGCGGGUCGGGUUUAGAACGUGGGCGGUCUGAGGUUUCUUCAAUUAUGUCCGAAAUGCCCGACUAUCUUUUUGGGCUGGAUAGCUCCGACGACCAAACCCGUGACCCAAAACCCAAGAUCCGUCCUGAUAAUAUCCCUGAUUCGGAUCCGGGUUCUCCCAACCCGGUUGCUUCCCCUCCGUUUUGCUCGACCUCGUCGUCCUUGGCACCACCUGGCAUGCCAUCGAUUCCGGAACUUCCACCUGUUAAAACCAAAUCUGACCAGCCCGUCCGUGUCGUGGAUCCUAAGGAGGACCUAGCUGAGACAUUCAUGGAUACGGGUGAAACUUUUAUGCGGGCGAAUAAGCCGUUAACUGGAUAUUCGGGGAACCCGACUUGGCAUCAUGUUUCGGAUCCUCAUUACCCAACCCAAGGUUUAAAACAAGUACCGGUUUAUUAUGUGCCCAAUUCUGUCCCACAGAAUAAUGUUCCUGCAUCGUAUGUUCAAUCUUACCCUAUUCCAUCAGGUCAAAUUCCAAUUGCAUUACACCAUAAUUAUUCGGGUAUGGGUCAGGUCUAUGGAGGCGGAGCGAGGCCAAUGGCAGCAGUGAAUCCCUAUGUCAUGGCGACCAAAGUAAUUCCCGAGGGGUUGAAUCAGGCGAUGUAUUAUGGGAUGAGAAAUGGUUACCCGGGUAUGGUGGUGCCGGGUGGGGAAGAAUUGCAAGUAAACGGGCCGGAUGGAAAGGAGAGUCGGGUUUUCCACUCUUGAAGAUUGGGCUAUGAAGAAUCAUGUUUUUCUUUUCUUUUCUUUUUACCCUUCCUUUUUCUGUUUCGGAUUUGUUUGGGCGUACAGGUUUGUAUUAUUGAUGGCACAAGUGAUGAGUUCAUAUUUGUAUGUACUGUGUAGUA